UGGAGCCAGGAUGGACCCCGGAGCGCCUGGUGCCGCCUCCCUCCAGUUUACACCUGGCGUGCCCUGGGAAGGCAGAGCUGUCCCUCUUGUCGCAGUCAGAGGCCAGCUGAGCGCGCACCCAGGGAGCGACCCCUCAUGGCCACCUGCGCCAGAGACCCCAGCCGCUACUACGACAGGGCUGCCAGGCAGUGCUGCUACCGCUGUCCCCCAGGGUCAUUGCCGACACAGCCGUGUCCUCAGGGGCCUUCUGACUGCAGGGAGAAGCAGUGUGAGCCUGACCACUACCUGGACGAGAACGGCUACUGCACGGCCUGCGUAACCUGCUCCAGAGACGACCUCGUGGAGAAGGCGCCGUGCACCCGGACCUCCUCCCGCGUGUGCCAGUGCCGGCCCGGCAUGUUCUGUGCCACCUCCGCUGCGAACUCCUGUGCCCGCUGCUUCCCCCACUCUCCCUGUCCCAAGGGGAUGGUGCUCAUGGCCCCAGGCACAGCCGAGAAGGACACGGUCUGUGGCCAGCCUUCCCCGGGGACCAGCCUUGCCUGUGCCAGCCCUGAGGCCUGCAGGACACCUGCCAGCGGUUCCACCCACCAGGCCAAGCCAACGGUGAUGUCCUGGGCCAGUGCCGAUGCCAGGACCCGACCCCUAGGAGGAGACGCGCCCCUCCAGCUGGAAGACGCUUCCCGAUCGCGACCCACGGGGUUUCCAGAGUCCCCCUUUUCCACAGCAGAGGAGCCAGGUGCAGACCCAGGGGCGGCUCUCUCUCAGGAGUGUCUGCAGGGCUCUGCUGACUGCAGGAGGAAGCAGUGUCAGCUUGACCACUACCUGGACGUGGACAGCCGUUGCACGGCCUGCGUGAGCUGUGUGCGAGAUGACCUCGUGGAGAAGGCGCCCUGCACCUGGAACUCCUCCCGCGUGUGCCAGUGCCGGCCCGGCAUGUUCUGUGCCACCUCCACCGCCAACUCCUGUGCCCGGUGUGUUGCCUGCCCCGUCUGUGCCCCAGGGACAGCGGUGACCAGACUGCGGGGUGUGGCUGGCGAGGACACCACCUACGCGCUGCCUCUCCUGGGGACCUGUCCUGACUGCCGCAUCCCAGAAAGCAGCGAGGCUCCUGCCAGCACAGGCCCCACGCUGAGCCCCCUGGCGGACUCCGUCUCCACCAGCGCCCCUGUCUCCCUCUCCUCCACAGGGAAGCCCAUUCUGGAUCCAGGACCUGUGCUCUUCUGGGUGGCCGUGGUGCUGUCCGUGGCGCUGGCCUCCGGCUCCUUCCUCCUGUGCUUCCAGAGGGCCUGCAGGGUGCGGAUUUGCCAAAAGCUGCACCUGUGCUACCCGACCCACACCUUCCGACCCGAGCUGGAGCGAGCAGAUUCCAGAUCCAGGAGGAGCCUGACAUGGCCCAGGAGUGACGGGUCGGGGACAGAGCUGGGCACAGGAGUGCUGAGUGUGGCGAGCCCUCCGGUCGUGGAGACCUGCGCCAACGUGGGGGCCGCCUGCCCCGAGAGCCUGCUGCUGCUGGAUGCCAGCCCUCCUGAGGGUGCCUCACCUCCUAGGGAUCCCCCUGAGCCCCGGGUGUCCGCAGAGCACACCAACAACCGCAUCGAGAAAAUCUACAUCAUGAAGGCCGACACGGUGAUCGUGGGGAGCGUGAAGUCGGAGGUGCCCGAGGGCCGGGGCGCUGUGGGGCUGGCAGGGCCUGGGCUGGAGGCAGAGCUGGAAGUGGACCAAGCCCCCCGCUACCCCGAGCAGGAGACAGAGCCGCCCCCGGGCAGCUGCGGGGGUGUUGUCAUGCUCUCCGUGGAGGAGGAAGGGAAGGAGGAGCCCUGGCCCUGCGGGAAGUGAGACUGGACUGGACCAGGGCGGCGGGUGGCGGGGGUCCUAGGAAGCCAGAGAGGCCCUGGCGAUGCUCCGCUGGUGGGUAGAGGCCACCAGGCUUGGACUGAGGUCCUGGCAUCCCACAGUGGACCAGCGAUGGGCACUCUGCCUCCUGUGGCCACCGAGAGUGCUGGCCCCAGACCUGGCCCCAGACACUCAGCGCCAGAGGGGACACGCGGCUGGUCCCGUGCACCCCCGUGCCCUCCGCUCUCCCUGGGCCUCGGCAGUGAUGCCCAUCGGCCGUGCUGGCCCGCUCCCAGCCCCCAUCAGCCUGGCUCCCAUGGGCUGCAAGCCAGCACUGUGGCUUUCUCCUGAGUCAGAAGGGAAGUCGAGCGAUGGGGCGGUGGUGGUGCUGGCACCCUCUGGGCUGCACCUGUCACACUGCUCUCUGCGCUGGGGAAAGAGGCCCAGCCUGGCCCCCAGACUGCUUGGGCCCGGUGAGACCUGCGCCUGUUCCGUACCCGCCAGAUGAGCCCAGGAACCGUGCACUCAUCUCCAGAUGUCCCUGCAGUCCACACAGCAAGAGGAUUUUGAGACACAGCUGCGCAUAGGCCUGCAGCAGCUCUAGUGCCAGGCGCAAGCUGGAGAUCCAGCCCCGGCUGGAGACCCCGUCCACUCAGCUGCUGUGGAGAACGGCCUGCCCUGCUCUGCCCAGGGACUUCUCCCGGUGAGGAGACCAAACAGCGGCCCUUCCUGGACUUCUCUGCCGCCCCAUCCAAGCAGUCUUGGGAAUGCAGAGGCAUCUGUCCUAGAUCCUCCGUGCUUGUGAAGCCGUCUGCCCCAGCCCUGUACCCGCAGGUGUGGGCACUGGAAAGCCCCUGGUCACACGGAUGCCUGGCCUCCCUCUGCACCACAGGGAAAGAGAGUGCUUGGUGGUUGCACCUGGAUUCCGGGCGCUCUGCGGUACACAUGAAGGAACGGAAUUGCUCCGACACCCAGCCCUCAGCCUGCUCUCCGGGCCUCUUCAGUAAACAAGUGGUGAUGACACAUCUAUGGGUCAGUCGCGAGGGGACCCCUGGACUUACCAGUGGGCCGGGAGGCUGUGUUUACUCAACAGCCAUCUCUGUGGAGGAAGUUGAGGCUGCCUUGGGAGUCAGAAAAGUAAUUUCUGAAACCACUCAGAUGUUUGGGGGAAAGUUGGAGCGGCUGGGCCAUGUCACACCAGGGCCUGGACGUGGGCCAGGAGGACUUUGAGUGUCUGUCAUUGUCCCAGGAUGGGAUGGAGCUCAGCACGCUGCAGUGCUGCAGCCAGGAGGAACACGUGGGCACCACAGGGCGUGCUAGACUUGGCCAAAUAAGGCAGGCCCUCACCCAGUGUCCCCUGCACAACUUUUAACAGUCUAAAAAUCCAUAAGAUCCUUUACAAAGGGUGCAUCUCGUGGCCCAGCGGCGAUCACGGAGAGAGCAUUUGAGAGGCUCGGGGCGGGAACAUCAGAGGAGUCUCUCCCCGCGGCUGGGGUUCCUUCUGCACCCCAACACCCAUGGCCAGGGGCAGGAGCUGCUCCCCGCAGGGGCUCCCCCUCUCCUCUCACAAAGCUCUUCCUUAUCCGGUGAGGCUGCUUCUCGCUCUGUGUAACCCCAUUUCCUGGCCCGCAGCCUACCCUUGGAGGACACUCAGAAUGUCAUAGGCUCAUCCUGGGCCGCCUCUGGGUGCCUGCAAGAAAGGAUCAGAACCUCUCUGGAGCCUCCUUCUCCUUCCCAGGCUGGCUGAGCGGCUUGAAAAAGGAGGCUACCGAUGGUGGGCGGGGCCCAAGCCCAGGACAGCAGGGCGAACUGUGAGUCUUGGGCUCUGGGGCUGAGCUGGAGGGACCCCAAUCUCCCCUGGGCACAGCUCAGGCGGCUCCCUUGACUUUGGCUCUCAGGUGGGGCAAAGACCAAGGGCCAUGGGCAGACCUUGCCCCCCAUCCCAGGACCUCCCUCACCCCACAGCCUGGCACCUUCAGCCCAGGGGACAGGGGACAACUAUAUAUUUGGGUCCAUCUUGACCUCUGAUCACUUUGAUGUCCCCCAGGAGAUGCACAAGGCCCCUGAUCUGCUAGGUAGCAAUUCCUAGGCUGCAACCCCCUGCCCCAUCUUCCCAGCUGAUAUAAGCAGGAGUAAGUGUCCUACAGAAGUUAUCAUUUUCAAGGAAAAACCACUGUUGGGCUGGGGAUUUAGCUCAGUGGCUAAAGUUAGCCACACCUGCCUCGCAAGUGUAAGGUCCUGAGUUUGAUUCCUGGUACUAGAAAAUACCCCUCAUUGUUUUCCAAGUCAGUGAACUGUUCCUCACUUCCUAGAAGCUCUGAGGCCUGUUACCAGUCCCCAACAUAGAACAAGAAGAAGACCAAUCUUCUCCCCACCAGGAUGCCCCAGGACCUAGGACUGGGUCCUGGCCAGUUGUCCCCUGGUCACCGGGCACUCCCGUGUAGAAGGGUUGGAGUUCUGCCUUCUUGCCUGCAGAGGGGUUGGCUCCCUGGGCGAGAGCCAGGUUGGAAUCCCAGCUGUGCUAGGGUUUGUUCCUCUCUGACCUCUCUGAGGCUCGGAAGUUUGGCUCAUUCUCUGUUGCUCUGACACCACCUGAGCUGGGGGAGUUUCUGAGGAGCUCUGGGAGGCUAUGUCGAAGUGGGAAGACAGAGGUGUGUUAGGUGUGAGUGAGGGGCGGGACACCAGGGCCUCCCGUUUCUACAGCCCACUCUUGUGCUAGGUGGUCCCAUCCCUACUCAGUGGGACACAACAGCCCCAAGAGUGUUCGGUGCCGUGAGUGACCCGAACUCCUCUUCAGGGCCCCACCACAACACAGUGGCAGUCAAGUUAAAAAGGAGUUGUGGAGGGGACAAACCAUAGCUUUCACUUUCCUUGGCUGUGAAAUGGGAGUAUCAGUUCCUGCCUGAUGGAGUCAUGAAUCCUCCAAGAUGUCACCUGACCUGUGAUGUGCACUCCCUGACCCACAGCUCUGUCUCAUUCCAUCCCAGGAGCCAGCGCUUCCUACACCCAAAUUCAGCCCAGCCCUGCUUACAAGGGUCACCUGCAGGUGACACUGGAGUCGGGGAAGGUGUCCCCAAGGACUCUGGUCUCCAUCCAAGUGAUGUACCAAGCUAACAAGGUCUGAAAGGCAGGAAGUGGCUCGUGCAAGGGCCCUGGGGUGAGAAGGCUGCUGGCCAUGCCAUUUGGGAAGAGCACUGGAUGGGGCAGCUUGGUGAGUGAGGUGGGGAGUGAUGGGAGGUUCUCAGGGGCAGAUUGUCGUGGAGCCUGGCAGGGUGAGCCGUUGUGAGGUGUCAGAUCUUAUCAUAGAGCACCACUAGAUGUUUACUUCUGUUUUCCCCACUAUUAGAACAAUGAACAUCCUGGUAUUAUCCCAGCCCUGAGUGAGAAUGGCAAAGCCCCAGAUACUGGCAGUUAUAUUAACCUAUUUCAGGAGGAAGCUGGGGCCACUGCAGCAGUUGUUGGCAGCCAGGAAGCACUUGGAUGUGUUUUCCAGAAAGGGCAGGGAGCGAAGAUAAUGUUCCCAGUUACCGUCCCGGCUGUGGGGCUUGCUUGUUGCUGCCUGGGGAGGGUAGGAGUCAUUCCUAUAGUUUCCUCUUUCUUUAGCGGUCUUUUAGGGAAAGCGAAAACCAAGGGAAAAAUCCCUGUGGAGGCUGAAGCCUUUGUUUGUGUUCUGGCCCCGUGACUGCUUCCCAAGGUCUGAGUUUGUUAUCACAGCCAGCAGAGUCUGUCUCUGUCUUCCUAAUUCCAAAACCAGAGAAGGAUCCAACCAAGCAGGAGAAUUACAGGCCUCUCUUCCUAAUGAACACAGAUGCAAAAAAUCCUCAAUAAGAUACUGGCAAACAGAAGGCAGCAGAU